UUUCAGAUAAACGCGUCUUGUUUUAAGAAUCUUGCGAUAUUUUAGUUUGUUGUUGUUGUUGUUUACUGUAAAAGGAGACAGAAAUGUUGCACAUAGUAAAUGCAGUGCAUGUUUGUGUGCGUCACACCUGCUCUCGUGAACGCGCUCUCUCUCUGCCACCUGUUCACGUGCACGCGCUGGUGGAUUGUCACGUGGUCACGUGUCUGUUGGUUCACUCAUGAUGAAUAUUCCUCAAUCGGUGUCAGAAGAGGGAACUUUGGGAUGUUAAUGCUUUGAAGAGUUUUUACCUUUAUGCGCAGCAUCUUUCUAAUGCAUGAAACUACUUCUGGAGAGAAUAAAUGUAUGUUUGAGGUGGUGAAGAUGGUCAUAUCAACACAACUUUAAUUAUCAGCUGAAUAAAGAUGUCGCUCGUCCCUUGAAUCACUUUCUGCUCAACUGGAAGUGAUCCACUGUUGUCCUCAGCCAAUCAGAUUGUCCGUAUUUGACCUUCCUCCUCCUGCCCGGAGCAUACGCAGUCAUCAUGACUAAAUCAUACCAGUUUAACUGGCAGAAACAUGUGCCGGAGUUCCUGCAGGAGGGAGCUGUGUUUGACCGAUUCGAUGAGGACCCCUUCGUGUUUGAGCCCAGCUGCCAUUUCAAAGUGGACGAGUUCGGCUUCUUUCUCACCUGGAAAAGUGACGGAAAGGAAGGACAAGUUCUGGAAUGUUCUCUGAUCAACAGCAUUCGUCCUGGAGUCGUGUGGAAGGAUGCUAAGAUUGUGGCGUCGCUGGAGGCCGCGGGGAAGAAUGAAACCGAUCUGGACGGUCGCAUCAUCUGCGUGUGCAGCGGGCCGGAUCUGGUCAACCUCAGCUGCAUGUACAUGGUGACUGACAACGCCGACACGGCCAAGAAAUGGAUGGAGGGCCUGAAAUCCGUGAUACACAACUUCAAAGCGAAUAACGUUUGUCCAAUGACGUGUCUGAAGAAACUUUGGAUGAGACUGUCGUUCCUCACAAACAUUAAUGGGAAAAUCCCUGUGAGAGGUAUAACACGGACGUUCGGCUCAGGGAAAACUGAGAAGGGAAUCUUCCAGGCGCUGAAGGAGCUCGGGCUGCCCAGCGGGAAGAAUGAAGAAAUUGAACAUUCAGCGUUCACGUUUGAUAUAUUCUACUCGCUCACGCAGAAGAUCUGCCCCCGUACAGACAUCGAAGAGCUUUUCAAACAGAUCAACGGAGACAAAAGUGAUUAUUUAACCAUAGAGCAGUUAGUCAGCUUUCUGAAUGAAAACCAGCGAGACCCUCGACUCAAUGAAAUUCUCUUUCCCUUUUAUGAUGCCAAACGAGUUACGCAGAUCAUCGAGAAGUACGAGAGAGACGGCGACUUGAAGAAGAAAGGUCACAUGUCGUGUGACGGAUUCUGUCGGUAUCUGAUGUCGGAUGAGAAUGCGCCGGUGUUUCUGGACCGUUUGGAUCUGUGUCAGGAGAUGGAUCAACCGCUGGCUCAUUAUUUAAUCAGCUCCAGUCACAACACGUAUCUGACCGGACGACAGUUUGGUGGGAAGUCUUCAGUGGAGAUGUACAGACAGGUGCUGCUCUCUGGCUGCAGGUGUGUUGAGUUGGACUGUUGGGAUGGUAAAAGUGAAGAUCAGGAGCCGAUCAUAACUCACGGGAAAGCCAUGUGUACUGACAUCCUGUUCAAGGACGUAAUUCAAGCCAUAAAGGAAACAGCAUUUGUGAUGUCUGAAUAUCCUGUUAUCCUCUCAUUUGAGAAUCACUGCAGUAAAGUGCAGCAGUAUAAGAUGGCGAAAUACUGUGAGGACAUUUUCGGCGAUCUGUUACUGAAGCACCCGUUGGAGGGAUUUCCAAUUGAAGCCGGUCAGCCAUUACCGUCACCAAACGACCUCAAACGAAAAAUACUCAUCAAAAACAAACGAUUAAAACCUGAAGUGGAACAGAAACAGUUGGAGUCGUUUAAGAAGCACAUGGAAGCUGGUGAGAUGAGUUUACAGACUGGAGAAGAUGAGAAUGAUGAAGAUUUAGACAGCGCGGUGGACAGUAAAGAUCUGAACUCUGACCUGAAGAACAUCAACAGUCUGUCUGUGUCAGAAGAGCUCAGUGAAGCCGAUCACCAGGACAACAGCAUCAGGAAGAGGAUCACAGAUGAUGAUGUCACAGAGAUUUCAGAAGUGACGGAGAUUACAGACGCAACGGACAUCUCUGAAGCUUCUGACCUGGACAAUAAAAAGAAGGGUGUAGAAUCGGCAGAAGACGCAGACGCCGAGCAGCAGUUAAUCGCCUCGUACAAGUAUGAAGGAGCGACGACCAACAUUCACCCGUAUCUGUCGGGGAUGGUGAACUACGCUCAACCGGUCAAGUUCCAGAGCUUUGAAGUGGCAGAAGAGAGAAACAUUCAUCACAACAUGUCGUCCUUUAAUGAAUCUGUUGGUUUGGGAUAUCUGAAGACAAACGCCAUCGAGUUUGUGAACUACAACAAGCGGCAGAUGAGCCGGAUCUAUCCGAAAGGCGGCCGCGUGGACUCCAGUAAUUACAUGCCACAGAUCUUCUGGAACGCCGGAUGCCAGAUGGUGUCGCUCAACUUCCAGACUCCAGAUUUGGGCAUGCAGCUGAAUCAGGGAAAGUUUGAGUACAACGGCGCAUGCGGGUAUCUUCUGAAGCCAGAUUUCAUGCGGCGUGCCGAUCGGAUGUUUGAUCCGUUCUCAGAGACGCCGGUAGACGGAGUGAUCGCCGCCACCUGCAGCGUUCAGGUGUUCUCAGGUCAGUUUUUAUCAGAUAAGAAGAUCGGCACGUAUGUGGAGGUGGACAUGUAUGGCCUUCCCACAGACACCAUCAGGAAAGAGUUCAAGACUCGUAUGGUGAUGAAUAACGGACUGAACCCGUAUUACAACGAGGAGCCGUUCGUCUUCAGGAAGGUGAUAUUGCCCGAUCUGGCCGUGUUGCGUAUCGCGGUAUAUGAUGAUAAUAAUAAGCUGAUCGGUCAGAGGAUCCUGCCGUUGGACGGUCUGCAGGCGGGUUACAGACACAUCUCACUGCGCAACGAAGGAAACAAACCGCUCUCGCUGCCCACCGUCUUCUGUAACAUCGUACUCAAGACUUACGUACCCGACGGCUUCGGGGCUAUUGUUGACGCUCUUUCUGAUCCAAAGAAAUUCCUCACCAUCGCUGAGAAACGUGCCGACCAAAUGCGAGCGCUUGGAAUCGAAACGAGUGACAUCGCAGAUGUCCCAAACGAAAACUCUAAGAGUGAUAAGAAAGGUAAAAUCAGUCAGGCGAAAACAAACGUGACGCCGCAGAUGAGCUCCGAGAUGAACUCAAUGACGAACAACAUCGGCGAGACCAAACGUGAUAAUUCUGCAAUUAUAAAUCAAGUAAACAUUGAAGAUUUGAAACAAAUGAAGACGUUCAUGAAACUGAUGAAGAAACAGCAGAAGGAACUGAACACGUUAAAGAAACGACACGCCAAGGAACACAACUCCAUGCAGAAGUCUCACUGCUCUCAGGUGGAUAAAAUGAUCGCACAACACGACAAGGAGAAAUUCACACUGGAGAAACUUCUAGAGAAAGCCAUCAAGAAGAAAGGAGAAAACAACUGUUCAGAGUUAAAGAAGGAAACGGCGAUUAAAGUGGAGAUGCUCACGACAGACCAUAAAGAGAAGGUGAAGGACAUCGUAGCGCAGCACACUAAAGAGUGGUCCGAGAUGAUCAACACGCACACUACAGAGGAACAGGAAAUGAAGGACGGUCAUGUGACUCAACAGUGUGACGUCCUGCGCAAGCUGCUGGCCAGCGUUCAGGAACAACAGACGCUUCAACUGAAACUCGUGCAUGAACGGCAAAGCAAAGAAAUGAAGGCGAAUCAGGCGAAGUCAUCGAUGGAGAACAGCAAAGCCAUCAGUCAGGACAAGAGCAUCAAAAAUAAAGCCGAGCGCGAGAGGAGAGUUCGCGAGCUGAACAGCAGUAACACUAAAAAGUUUCUCGAAGAGAGAAAAAGGUUGGCGAUGAAACAGGCGAAAGAGAUGGAGCAGCUACAGAAAAACCAGCGAGAACAACUGGAGAAACUGGAGAAAUUCAACGAGCAGCUUUUGAAAUCACACCAUGCAAACAGUCCGACUCAAGGCCAAGGACAUGCAGAAGAUGGUGAAGCUGGAGGAGGAGAUGGACCGCAGACCAGCCACAGUGGUGUAACGCCUUCACCUGACAACUGACACGAGAGAGAGCGAACGCCACCUCGCCAACACAAUCCGACAGAAGCCCCACAAAUCUACAUCACUGCCCUCAACGCGACUGACCCGGAAAUCCCAAAUCUCACCCUAUGUUACAUGUGUCCUGUUCAGCUCAGAGUCUCUUCUGUGUCACGCUCCUCACGCCUGCAGUCUGUACAUCUGUAACCCCGCCCCCUUCUCCCAACCUCAGCUCUAGCCCCGCCUCUGCAGCUGUGUUCAGCCAAUCCCAGCCAUAACUCCGCCCACGCUGCUAUAAACACUCCCACGGCCGUGUUCACUCACUGAUGCUUUGAAGACACCCCUCGAGGGUCAGACACACCAUAUGCGUUUUUAUAAUCCAGAGCGGCUUUUACAUCCCCUACUUAGUGAGCAUACUGGUCUGCAGUCUUCACAUCAGUUGCUCGACCACUCGAACACUUUUCUCUUAAUGGAGCUAGUUAACCGUAGCAGCAAACGUGCGAAUGUUGUGAGCACGAUCUGUGUGAACGUUACUCACGUGUCCGGAGCACUUUAUAUGUGAUAGAGACGAUCUUUGAAUAUGUAGCAGAGCGCUAGUUUAUCUCUGUACAGGACGAAUGUAGAGCGAAACCAGAUCACAAACCGUUCUAGUGUGAAUGCAACCAAACGCCAUCACUGCGAUACUUCUUAAACUGCUGUACUCGUUUAACGAGCAAUUUGUUCUUGUACGUUUGUAAGAUACAGUUCAGAUGUGCACGCCAUUUUACUUCAAAUGAUUUUAGAUGUGAAACUUUUUAAGACUCUCAACAUCCCUCAGUCAGUGUGAGUCUCUUAAUCUUUAUGUUUAUGGCUGUUAAUGUGUUCACAGCGCUGGACCUGUUUGAAGACACUUGGUGUGUUUAGUGCAUGAGGAGUAUUGAGCGGGACAGGUGCAGGAAGUAGCGAAGCGUCACACCUGUGUCCUUCAGGUCCUGUACUGUACGGUGCUAUAAACAAAGACCUUGUGCAGCUGGACACGUCAACAUGUCUCAUUAUUUCUGACAUCACACUGAACUUGUGUUGCGUUUUUGCUUUUAUACAUUUUUAUUUUUUAGAAGUAAGCUAUUGGUACUUGUUAAAAGAAAGAGUUUAUUGUAUAUUCUGGGUUAAAUGUGCUUAUAUUGACCGAACGUUUGAGGGUUUUGGGAUCAUAUGUAUAUUGGUUCUUGUGUUUUUGCUUCUUUACGUUCAUGUUUUCAAGUGUUUGCUGGUGAUCACGUCUCGCUUACAAACAUGCCACUAUAUGACAGGACAUCACAUUAUUAUACAAAUGCCAACAUAAGGGUUAUUUAUAUACAGAUACAUGUAUACAUAUAGAAAGUAUAUGAUUAAAUACGGCGAGUACUUUAAGACUGCUUUUUGUUUCUUAGAAGCUUUUUGCACUAGCUGAAUGUUUGUCUUCAUGUAGAUUUGCUGUAUAUUAUAGUUUGCGAGAAAAGCGGAUUAUUUUUGCAGAACUGUCGCUCUGAAUCUCAUGUUUCUAUCGGUCUGCUGUAGUCUGUAGCGAAUGCAUCAUGCUGUGGGUGCGUUUGUAUUUAUAUCGUAUUUGUCCAAAUUCUAGCAAUGAAAAUACUUUUAAAAAAUCCUGUUGUUAUCUGCUACUUUAAUACUGUUUUAUAGUAUGUGUACCAAUAAACGAUCCCAGGUGUUAAAUGGAAAUCGUUUGCAUUUAUUGUCUUGUGACUGUGUUUUGUGCUAAAUGAAUAUAGUUCUUAUAUGCUGUCCUUGUGUAGCUUCGCAUAGAUUUAAAGGUACAGUAAGCGAUUUUAGGUAUUACUAUCUUUUAUUAGAUUAAUUAUGUGUUCAUGGCGCACUCUUGCUCAGACAUCUUGGUGCCAGGAGUAUUUUUCCCAUUCGUUUUUUCCACAGUGAUUAAAAACUAUUAUUUAAUAAAAGAGAUCUAAAUGAACCAGCUCUGAGGAGAAUCACAACAUUAUAUACUUUGAUUUGAAGCAAAAAAGUGUUUGAAAAUCGGACAAUAGUACAAAUCUGUGUACUUUUACUGUCUUUAAUGAGGGAAUGGACUAAAAUCCCAUGUGAAUGACAUAAUUGGAUUAAACGUUAAGGAAAUAUAUAAAACUAUUAAAGUUGUUGAAUGUAUGUAAAGAAGAGGUAUAAUUCAAUCAGUACAGAUACAAAUUAGGGCUGUCAGAAUGAACACAUUAACGUAUGCGAUUAACACAUUUACCGUUAAUAAAGCAUAAACCAGCAUAAACACUUUUUGGGAGGGCAGAACUUUUGAGGCGUCCAUCCGCAGUCAUUACACACUGACAUACACACAACAGUGAUUCUGUGUCGGUGAUAAAUGAUGGAGAAAUGAUCUCAACGCUAUUUAAUGUACAAAACAAGACCAGAUGGGACCUAUGUAAGGUGUAUUUUAAUCACCACAGAAGAACACCAAAUCUUAACUAUCAGCAAACACAGAAUGAAUGUGUUUGAUGCACUGACCCGAAUCACAAACGCAUAGGACCACGUACAGCCGCAGUCUACCGGCAGAUUUAUAUUGUGGAAGAUGUGACAUUUAAUGUCCAUUGCAAUAAAUAUACAACCUAUGGGGAGACUCGUCCUUUCAAUCACUCAAACUCCCCCUUUCAGUUUGGGAAACGGUUAAUGUUACUUGAAUCGGGAUAUUUUAGAGCAUUUCUAUCUUUA